GAAAUAGCUUUUGUGUUUGGUGAGGUUAUGCGCCAUUUCUCCCUUGCUACCAACAACAGAGUUUCCAUCCUCUAUAUUUCUUCAAUCUUCUCUCCCUUCUACUUCUAGGGUUUCGCUUCUGCAACGGACGACCUUCUUCAACUCAUCAAAGUUGACUUUGUGAGCCAAUUCAAUCAGGCUUGAGAAGGUAUCCUAGUGUUGUUUGUUCACCUUCAUCUCCAUGAUGGAAUACUGUAAAGAUGUCCUCAGCUGUCUUGAUUCGGAUACGUCUCUUAAGAUAUUCAUGUGUCUGGAUGAUCUGGCUGAUCUUGUUCGGGUUACUUGUGUCUCGCGAUCUUGGAGACACUUUGUGAUAGCAAAUGGUCUUUGCAAGCAGCUAUGCUUGAGAAUGUUUCCUCAGUUAUCUAGAGUUGCUUUUGUUGUUGAACUGAAUCAAAAUGGAGCGAAGGAACAUGCAGAGGUUGGAUCUAGCUAUUCUAUGGAAUGGCUAUCUCUACUGAGAGAACAUAGAGUCUAUGCUUAUUUAGGUAGAGCUCUCAUGUCAUCUGUUGCAAUGAAUUGCAUUGCUAAGACAGUUGGUGCUUCUAGCACUGAUAACUUUCCUCAGGAAAGCAUUGAUAAUACUCUAGAGCCAAGAGACUACAUUAAUGGUAGAUAUUGCUACUGGUCAAGUGAUGGACAAAGUAAUCCCAAUGUGCCUGAGACAUUAACAUACGAGUUGGUGUCUCAAAUUUGUGUUAUUACCGAAAUCAAUAUCCAGCCUUUUCAAGCUGAUUUUCAGAGAGGGUCACCAAUAUAUUCAGCAAAAUCUGUUCGGUUUAAAAUGGGUCAUCCUAAAGCCUCUUUAGAUGUCGCCGAUGAUGAAAUGUUUGUAUGGACCUAUAAUUCCCCAGAGUUUCCAAUGUCUCAGGAAAACCGGCUACAGAAGUUCAAGCUUCCAGAACCUGUGCUUUGUAUUGGGGGUAUUUUGCAGAUUGAACUUUUGGGAAGGGUACAGAGACAAGAAAUGGAUGGUUUAUUAUACAUUUGUGUUUCUCAUGUUCAAGUUCUGGGAAGUUCAUUAUCACCACCAUUCAAUGUGGAUAUUCUGCAGCCCUCUGGAAUGUUUGUGUUGAAGAGGGACCAGCUGGCUAACCAUCAAUCUGUAGUGACGUCUGGAAAUGAAUCUCAAGAAAUUUUGGCCGAGCAAAGAGAACUGAGAGAUUACCAGCAUAUUGUGACUAUAUUUCGUGGACAAGCAUUAGGAAUCGUGGAAGAUGAGUGGGAUGAGGAAGAAUACGAUGAUGAUUUUGAUCCAGAAUAUGCCCUCUGAUCUUUGCUAGUAUAAAGUACUUUUAUAAUCCCCCCUCCCAAAUUAACAAAAGGAAAAAAAAAAAACACUCCUGUUUUCUGUGUAAUGGUUACCCCUAAAAAAUUCUGGUCUUUCUGUGCUUUGGCUACUGAUUUGAUUCCUAAGUAUUUACAUCUCGUAGAUAUGGUCUUGGGUGUUGGACAAGUAUUACACCUUUUUUCGGUGGUUUAGCAUCUGAUGCUUGAAAACUUGAGAUUUCUCUCAAGUUGUUUCCUUAUAUCAUCCACCUAAUUCUGCGUUAACUAUAGUUAGACAAACCAAAUUUCGUGCUGGUAAUUAUAGUCAAUUUUUUAGUAUCUA